AUGGGAAGAUCGCCUUGUUGUGACAAAAAUGCCCUCAAGAAAGGUCCAUGGACCCCGGAAGAAGAUGCCAAACUCACUCACCACAUUCAGAUGCAUGGCCCUGGAAACUGGAGAUCCCUUCCUAAAAUUGCUGGUCUUGAAAGAUGCGGCAAGAGUUGUCGGCUCCGUUGGACUAAUUAUUUGAGGCCAGAUAUCAAGAGAGGAAGAUUUUCUUUUGAAGAAGAGGAAACCAUAAUCCAACUCCAUAGUGUUCUUGGCAACAAGUGGUCUGCAAUAGCGGCACGUUUGCCAGGAAGGACGGACAACGAAAUAAAGAACUAUUGGAACACACACAUAAGAAAGAGGCUCCUGAAAAUGGGAAUCGACCCGGUGACUCAUGCCCCUCGUCUCGACCUAUUAGACCUUUCGUCUAUUCUCAUGAAUAAUUCGCCUCAUCUCAAUAAUUUAUCGAAUCUUAUUCGCCUCCAAACACUCCUAAAUCCAGAUGCACUAAGAGUUGCACUUACUCUUCUUUCAUCACAAAAUGAAAACCAAUUAUUAAAUUAUCAGCAUCAGUUUCAGAAUCAGGCCCCACCAGUUAUCCAACCUAAUCACUUUGAUAAUAUUAUCACUCAACAAAUCCCAUUAAACAAUCUCACCUCUUCUUCAUUGCACAAUCAUUAUCAAUCCUUACAAGGGCACGUGUGCCCCACAAACCCAACUGCUGGCCAAGUAUUAUUUCAUGAUAAUUAUACAGGUAUGAACAGUACAACAAGUGAUCAAACGAAGCAAAGUUUGUCGUCGGAAAAUAACUCAAGCUUUGAUUCAGUUAUAUCGACGCCUCAGCCUUGUAAUAUCAGUGGCAUCACCACAGCCGAAGAUGAGAGAGAGAGCUUUUGCAACGACCUGUUUAAGUUUGAAUUUUCCGAGAGUUUCGAUUUCGAUGAUUUCGUGUAA